AUGGAUCCGACGCCGGCAUUACUCUAUAGUGAAAUAGAUAAGAAGAAUCCCGUCAUCAUAGUAUUUGACAAUGAGAUAAAAGAGUUCAAGGCCCUUAUCAAGCGAAUGAACGCUUCCUCAAACUUCGACCAAAACUUGUUUGCAAGGGGGUCAAAAACUCUGUUUGAAAUAUGGAACAAGUUCAAACCCCAGCUGCCCAGCUGUUAUUAUGAGGAACACAUGUUGCGGACCGCAGAUUUCCUCUGUGACGUUAAGCUGUACCACCUGGCUCUGAGGCAGGGCUACGGCCGCUACCUGCUGCAGUACAGCUCCUCAGGCAUGCAGGACGUCAGGGACGUGGAGCAGCUCAGGAGAAGCUUCUUCCCUGGGGGCUUCGAUACGGAGCAGGCCGGCCGCACGCUGCGUGCCUUGCAGGGCCUGGCCGUGUGCAGCUUCCAGCUGGAGAGGGAGAGGGCGGAGCAGCCUGACUCGGGCGCGGUGCAGAGGAUGCUGGGAGUCCUGGCCUUCCUGCGCACUGUGAUGCAAGCUGUGCUGCCCCACGAGAAGCUGUGCUGGCUGCUGUACAAUGGCUCCUUACACAUCUAUAACAUCUGCAGAUUCCUGAUGUCCACAAGUCACUCUGCACAGGCAGUGGAGUACCUGCUGUGGGCCUGUGUGUGUUUGGAGACCUGUGUCCCGCUGCUGAGCGUGCGCUUUCUGCUGUGGAGAUGCACGCUGUACUGCGCAGUGUGCCAGUGCUACUACAGCUGCCGGGCCGAGACACAGGCCGAGGUGUUUGCGCGCCGGGCUCUGGGUAAAGUCAAUGAACUGGGGAAACUGCUGGAGCUGAGUGGCUCACCUGCUUCCUCUGAAACCCAGGCAGCCUUCAAGGAGGCCACAAUCAAGCUGGCAGUCAUGGUGUUCAAACGGUCAGUGUAUGAGCCCAGGAGGAGACCCAAAGGCCUGUUCAGACCCAGGCAGAAGACUCACCUGAAGGAGGUGAAGAUGGCGCCAUGGCCUCGCUCGCCCACCGAGCGGGUUCUGAUGGAGCUGUUUGAGGGCAGUGCAGCACAGCUCCUGGCCCUGAUGGAGGCGCUGUGGGACAGCUCGCGCCGGCCCCUGGAAACGGGGGCCCCCGAGGAGCCAGAGAUGCAGGAGGUGGCCCUGGAGCUGCUAUCUGCUGGCAUCAGCAUCUUGGCAGGAGUUGGAGGUUCAGCGGAGGAGAUUGUAAAUGACCACAGCCUGCCUGCCCCUCUCACUGGGAUCACGCUGCACCCUUCCUCUCUGCUGCAGCUGGCCACGGCUGGGGAGAACAGGGUGUCAGUGGAGGCUGCAGUCAGGUUUGUGAAGCUGCUGUUUCAGUACGAGCAAUGGGAUGCGUUCUGCCGCCUCUCCGAGCCCCUCCUCUCUCUGCUGCAGAAGCUGGAGGACCUCUCCUGCAGGAGGGCGGAGCUAGAGCUCAGCCUGCUAAUGGCUGUACAGCCCCUGCUGAUGUCACAAAGGAUCAGACACACCCCCAGAGACAGCUGUGCAGAUGGGGGGCCAGAGAGAGACCGGCAGCAGGGACUGGCGUUGGGGUCUGAUGACGUCCUCUCCCUGGCGGAGACGCUGCAUACCUGUGUCUGUGGUUCAGCUCAGGAUAUGCAGCCAGACCGGGACCUGGUGAUGGACAUUGUGCUGUUCCUGUGGAGUAGGUGCAAGGCUGUGUUCAGGAGAGUCCACACAGGCCACUCUGACUCCUUCCGAAGGCUGGACAGCUACAGCAAGUGGCUGCAGACACUGUCCCUGCUCUGUGAGGUGUCUCACGCAUGUGACCUGGCCCUCUCUGACCCGGUGGCCGUGGCCGAGAUGACCCUGCGUUUGACCGCAGUGCUGGAGAGUGGGGCGGAGUCUAUGAUCAAGUCCGGGAGAAAGACAGCCGUCUCCGAGGACACGAGCCUUGCAUCAACAUCCGCUGACCUGCAGGGUGAUGUGCCCCCCAUUUCAAAGAGGUCAGCGGUGGAGCAGCUGCAGGCUGUGCUGUAUGUGGUGCAGAGGGCUGUGGAGAGUGUGUCCUGCAGCAGGGCCCGGUGCCCCCCGGGUGACGGGAUGGCCCUGUAUGACACUGUCUACCUGCAGUCACCAGGAGGGGAGGAGUCAGAGGGCGGGGUCAGACAAAGGAACAACCCUAAGGAUACCUCCCCCUUCACCCCCUUAUUGAUGGACCUCCACCUGGAGAUGCUGGUGAUCCAACACAGAGUCUCCCUCAAGCUCCUCUCCGCCAGCUCAGGUCAGGGAUCAGCGCUGCUGGACCGGGGGAGGAGGUACGGGAUCUCCAGGGCUGUGUUCCUCAUGCAGAAGGCCCUGCUCUCCCACAGAAAAGACCCGAAAAGCCAGGACGCCAAGAAGCUGCUGGAGGAAGCCGGGGGUCUGCUGGAGAGAGCUCAGGUGGAGGAGAGGAGGCUGUUCAAUGCCUGGGCCGUGCGGCGGGGGAGGGAGGGGGGUGAGGAGAAGGACAGGGUUCCCCCUCCCCCCAUCCUGCUGUCCCGCUCCCACCGAUCCAUGACCUUCACCCCUGCACCCUACACCCUGGACAAACAGGUGUGCUGGUACUGCCUGUACGGACGGGAGGCCACAGGCGUGAAUCAGAAAGUACGUCUGGGUGACUGCCAGCUGCCGGGCACAGGAGAGGAGGUGCCUGUGAGUGGGGAGUGCGUUCUGCGGGUGGAGGGGCUGGAGUCCAAUCAGAAGUACGUCUUCGCAGUGGCCGCCUACGAUGCCCAGGGGCAGCUGGUGGGCGGAGCCAUCGGAGAGAGCAGCAGGCCCCUGCUGGCCUCCCCUCCCCUGCCUCUGCUGACCGCCUGGGCUCACCUGGCACAGGCAUCGUAUCAGACUGGCCACUACGUUCUGUCCAAGAGGGCAUGCAGUGAGCUGUGGGCACACUUCACCCACCCGCCUGACCCCGGGGCCAGCUGCACCCCCGAGGGGCUGGCUCAGACCAGGCUGAGGAGGGAGGCCCUGCAGCGCGCCUCCCCGCUCCUGCUGCAGCUCCUCCUCACCUCCAUCUUCAUACGGACAGACAUCCAUGUCCAGGAGGGGGCGCUGUACUGCGACGCCCUGAGCGAUGGGGGGCCUCUCAUCAGGGGACAGAUGGCCCGGCUGGCGGAGUGUGAGCGCAUGCUGGUGGCCCUGGACCUGGCUCUGUGGGUGAAUGACAGCGGCGCCGCCCUGCAGGGCGUGGUGGGGUGUUACGGGCUGCUGGCUCCCCUCAUCUACCACCGGAUCCCGUCUGAGGCUGCAGUGCAGGUGCUGAUGAAGUGCCUUGCAGUGCUACAGGAGUUCCCAGGAGUGUUCAGACACAAGCGCCAAGCUGCCACCACAGAAUCUCUCCUCCAUAUGGUGGCCUGCAUUACCUACUACCUAGCCAAGGUGCUGCGCUCCUCUCAGGAGCACCGCCUGGCGUCAGCGGUGGUGGAGCAGGGGAAGAGGCUGCUUCAGGAGGCCACAGAGGGCGUGGCCAUGCAGCAGGGAACGAGCAAACCCCGCCCUGCCGAGCAGCAAGCGGCCUCUGGGGAGAAGCCCCAGGGGGAGAGGGGCCAGGGGGAGAGGCCCCCGGGGACAGCAGGCUGUGGGCCCCAGGAGGUGGAGCCCAGUGAGCAGCUGAAAGCACUGGAGGCCAACGCAGCAACACGCGUGAUGGUGGACACUGUCCUGCAAGGUGACAGCAGCACAGUGACCCAGGACCUGACAGGGCAAGAGGACCCCAUUCUGCUUUAUGAUGUCAUGAACAGCAGCCCGCUGGAGACGGCUUUCAAAGAGGUGAUGAAGUUCAGGCGGAGGGCCUGCUUCCUGGAGUAUGCAGUACAGCUCCUGCAGAGGGCGCUGUGUGAGGACCAGCUGGAGCAGCUGCUGCAAUGGGGACAGAGCAUCCUCAGCUGGAUCAGCAAACGGGACGAGGGGCUGACAGGGGUGAAGAAGAUCCCCGCAGCAGAGAUCAGGGCACAGGGCGGGGCAGAGGAGGAGCUGAAGAAGUACACCUCCUCCGUCAUCGAGUACAACAAGAAGCCCAAAGGCAGCACUGUGAGCACAGACAGGAAGAGGAAGGAGCAGCACAGAAAGCAGCUGAACCAGCUGAAGGCACAGAGCACGGAGAGACAGCGGCAGGCGCUGGACUCGCUGCUCCUCCUGCUGGCCAGGCUGGUGCGGAGGCAGCAGAGGAGGAUGCACCUGCGGCAGGUGUGCUCCGAGGAGCGGCCCUGGCGCUCCCACCUGCACCUCAGCCUGGCCACCUGUCACCUGACCCUGCUGCACCGCCAUCUGGAGCAGAGACACAGGCUCACCGAGCACAGCUACAGCUCGCUGGACCCCCUGCUCUUCUCUCUGGCUCACUGCGGCACCGUGGUGAGGCGGAGUGGUGUACCCCAGCAUAUCAGAGCCCCGGAGCUCACACCGCCACCCCCACCCAGCCCGAGAGCACAACCAGCCAAGGCUGAGGAAAAGGAGAAUAACACAAAAGAGGAGGAGUCCAGCGCCACAGACAGUGAGGCAGAGAGUGACUCAGACACGCCCCGCACCCAGCUGACCAAUGAGCUGGACUGUAAUGGGCAGUCCCAGACCAUAGACACGCCCACAGGAGGCAGCGUCUCCCAGCUGCUGGACUCCCUGAGCAAAGCAGCUCUGCACUUCAGGAAAGCCAUGGUGCUGGCCCAUCGCGGAGGGCACUGGACACUGCUGCAGUGGGUGUGUCGGGUGAUGUGGGACCAGGCCACAGCUGUCACUCACCUGGUGGAGAGAGGUCUUUCCCUGGAGCAGCCCCCCCUUCUGUCCCUGGAGCAGCUGCACAGCACCCUGUCCCCACUGCUGCAGCUAGCCACUGACCUCCUCAUAGACAUGAUGCAUACCCUGCAGAUGUGGAAGCUGUUUGAGGGGGAGGAGAGGGAGCUGGAGGGCAGCCUGCACUUCUCUGCCCCGGUGGAUGAUGGGACGCUGGUGGACCUGCGCUGGCUGCGACUGCUCGCCCUGCACACGCUGGAGCUGCUGGCUGUGCAGGGGCGCUGGGAGACCCUGUGCCACCUGGCGCUCCGCUUCAACCACGUCACACGGGAGCGCUACACCCACACAGUGACCCCGCUCUUGGUCCACGCGCAGAGGAGUCUGCAGGAGAGGGUGCUCUCUCUCGGGGGUCCCCCGGUCCCACAGCCGCACAUCACCCACACAGAGACGGCCACCGGAGAGAAGAUCACCUGCAGGAACUACGCAGAGAAGCAGCUGCUGCUGGGAAGGCCCCCGCGAGAGGAGGGACACAGCAGGGCCGGUGUGCCCCCUCUCCCCCCCGGCGCAGAAGCAGAGAAGCCGCUGUCCCUGGUGUCGGUGCCCCUGGAUGUGGAGAACACCCUGUGCUGUUUCCGGGAGGCGCUGGAGCGAAGGCCGUAUGUUCUGCAGACAGUUCAGCACAGUCGAACCCUGCUCCUGCUGCUGCUGGCUGGUACACAAGCCAGCUUCCAGGCCCCUUUCUGUGAGGAGGGUGGCGGCCAAUCCCAAGGCAGAGUGGAGUGUAGCAUGGAUGCAGGAUCCGCCCCUCCUGUGGCCCCGCCCGACCUCUCCAGCGAGGACUUCGGCAGCCCGGACUCCAUCUACAGCCGCCCCCUCCCCCCGUCCCAGCUGAACGCAGUCAUCUCCUCCUACAGCAGCUCCAUCAAGUAUCUGGAGGCAAAUGACCAGAACUCCCUGCUAGUGCAGGCUCUGCAUGACCUGGGGAACCUGCACUUUUACAAUGGAAACAUGAGAGCUGCACACUCUUCCUGGAGCAGGGCGCUAGACUGUGCCCUGCAGUGUACGGGGGUGUUAGGGUCCUGGGACGGGGUCUCGUGGGGCAGCGGGUCCCCUGUGGAUGUCCUGCAGCAGGCUGGAGUCUGGGGUUGUCUGCAGGGAGCCAUGCUGACUGCCAAAAUCGCCCAGUAUCUCCUGACCUGUGGCAUCAGCCCGCGCACUCGCUGCAGUCUCCUCUCCGCCCGGCUCUUUAAGUCUGUGCUCACAGCUUCGCUGCCCCACCCUCAGUCAGACGGGCAGUACUCCUCCUAUGAGCCGGGCCCCGAGCUCAUACCGGGCCUGGACCUGUUCUGCGAGCCCAGCCAGGCCCCCAUUGGCACCGCCGUGUCCAGCCUGGCCUUCUUGUGCCACUGGCUGCACAGCUCCGGCCACGCCCUGACGGUGCUGCCCUUACUCUCCCUCUACCUCCACUGGGUGGGGACUGUGUGUCGCGACCCAAACCGCACCAUCGGGGGCCGAAUCCUCAUGGUGCGGGUGCUGACAGAGCUGGGUCUGUUUUCUGAUGCUAUGGGGGAGCUGGCCUGUCUCAUGCGGGGAGAGGGAAUUCCUCAGCCACACGGCCCCUGCAGAGCCAUCACCAAGCAGCAGGUAACACAGAAGAGCUUUGACACCAGCAAACCCCUCCUGGAGCCGUCUAACCUGCAGGCCCUGGAGGAGCUGGUGAGCAGGGACCUGAGCUCUGAGCUGUGUGGGCUGUAUGGGCCUCGGAUGGCCAGCAGGCUGAGCAUAGCCAGAGCGCAGCUCAUCCUGGCCCUGUGUCACUCUGUGCACAGCUACCCAGACACGCUGGGACAAGUUCAUCUAGAGGGCCAGCCCCAGGACAGCGCCGCCAAAGCCCCCAGCUCACCCUCUAAAGACAGAGAGGAGUCCUGCAGCCGAGACCCCACCCCCACCCCCCCACACACCCCGAGAGCCAAAGAGCCCUGCCGCCUUCAGCUGGACCCCGACAGGGACAGCCUGACUCCUGCCAAACUCAAGGCUUUGCUGCUGGCAGAGGCCUCCCGCAUCCUGGCCUCGCUGCUGUGCAGCCUCCAGCCAAAAGGGGGCGAUGAGGAGCUGGAGCUGGCUGUGGAGACCAGGCUGCUGCUGGCUGAGGCUUCCCUGCAGGAAGGCAAGGCAGCCUAUAGCGCGGACCUGGCUGUUUCUGCUCUUCGGUUGCUCCAGGACUCCUACCCACAGGUAUCUGACACAUGCAUUAUUCCUAAACAUUUCUAAAAGAGUUCUCUCAGUAAGCCUGUGUGUGUGUAUCUGCAGGAGGGGGGCUCUGCUGAAUCCCCCCUGCAGGGUGAUGUCCCGCAGGCUGCGGAGGCGCGGGGGCGGAUGGGUACAGCUCUGUGGCUGCGCUGUCGGCUGGCUGCAGUCAGGGCCCUGGCAGCUCACAUCCCCGGGACAGCCGUCCUCACAGGUGCGGACAGCGGCACACAGGCAGAUAGGCUGCUGACAGAGGGGCUGCAGGAGGCUGAGUCCUGGGGAGACCCUGACGCUCACGCCGUGCUCCUCCUGCAGGGGGCGCUGAUGGGCAUACACAGAGGGAGAGCGAGAGAGGACAGCACCCCACAACUACAGGAGGCGCUGAAGCUGCUGUCUGGACGCAGAGUUCUGUCUCCUCACGCCUCCCUCACUCUGGCCACCGUGGCUGUGCAGCUGAGUGACCUGAUGACCUCAGACAGCCACACCCUCCUCCUGCUCACCCAGGGGCUGCUGCAGCAGCAGCUCUCAGCCCUGGGUGAGACGGUGACCCUCCAGGAGGGAGGCCGCGUGCUCCUGCCCCCAUCUGGCCUGAAGAACAUGUACCUGCCACAGCUCCCCCUGCUGGCCGAAGCCACCCUGCGCCUGGGUAAGACUCUGCCGGGGUGAGAUGAUGUUGCUGAGGCUGGCCGGACAGGUGGAGGUCAGGGCUUGGCGAGGCAGGCGGCGGGUACCCCUGACUCAGACAGCGGCCAGUGGCUGAGCGCUCAGCGGGUGCUGGACUCAGCUUUGCAGCUCACCCAGGCAUCAGCAGCCAGAGACAGUGACCUGGAGACGGAUAUCCUGUACUGCAGGGGGUUGGUGGAGCGCUGUCUGGUCUCCCUCAGCGAGUGGCAACCCCAGGCUGCGGCAGAGACCUUCCUUAAAGCCAUCAGUGUCACCCAGUCCCACAGCCACAACCUGCAUGUGAUGGUGUGUGUGUCUGUGUGCUUCAGGCUGAUUCGGAGGUGCUAUCUGGAGAUGGCGGCUGUGUAUCUGCAGCAGUGGGAGGGGGGUUCCUGCAGCCCCCAGGCCCAGCAGAGUCCCAGCCCUCCCCCCAGGCCCAAGGACAGCGAGCAGAAGGUACUGCUGCGUGGGAAGCGCCUGAGGAAGGACAGAGCUCUGACCCCCAGGGAGGUGCACCUGCUGCACUGCUGGAUCUGUGUGAGAGCUGCCACUCAGGUGAGUGAGGCCAGUGGCAGCUGUGCCCAGCUGUGCAGCAUCAGCAGUGGCAGCAGGGGCCCCCUGCAGCUGCCCGAGCUCCGUGCCCUGCCCGCAUUCGCCUCCAAUGACCUGCUGCAUCCCUGUGGGGGGUUGGAACCCUUGAAGAAUCUCUGCAGCUCCUCCCCAGAACCUGAGGCAGAAUCUCAGACAACAACUCAACUGACCUGGGUUCAGCUGUCCCGCUACCACUCCCACAUCCUCAACCUGCACCACAUUGCCACACACACAGUGCCACAGCGUGUGCAGGGACUGUGUUCUCUGGCGGUGGAUAGCAGUCUUGGCCAGAGACUGGCUCAGCUCCACAGUUUGUUCAGCGCUCUCCUGCCUGCCUACAGGGGGCAGUGCUGUGCCCCCCACAUCCCGGCAGCCCUGCUGCAGCCCCACAGCCCUCAGACCACAGCGCAGCCCGUCUCCGGGGUGACGGAGGAGACCUUCCCAUGGGCCUGUGCAGCGAAGGAGCAGCUGUGCCUGCAGUGGUACCGCCCUGCACUGGACCCGACUCAGCAGAACCAGAACUCGAUGCUGCUCCUCUUUGCUUUUAACCGCGCCCCCCUGUCCGGCCUGCGCCCCACCAGCAGGGCCGUAUCCGAGCUGCGGUGUGGACAGCGCUGGGUCUCCCUGGAGAGGCUGAAGGCAGUGCAUGCUGAGCUCUGCUCUCUGUGUGCGGGGGCCAGUGUCUCCUCCCCACCCCCCACACACCCCCCCACCUCCAUCAGCCCCAAGCUGGAGAGACGCCGGCGCUCCAGAAGCCCUGAGAAAGAGGGGGCCCUGGACUCCCCCUCACAGCUGCUGCAAGAAAAGACCAUGACCUGCUGUUCUCAGAUCAAGGCCUUGCUGCAGUCGAAUUCAGAUCCAGCUGUCAUCACCAAGGUCCCAUUCGAGCCCAGCCUGCAGACCCUGAGUGAUCUGGAGCGCUGCUUUAACCCGAGAGGCGGGGCCCUGAUGUCAGAGGGGGGCGUGGCCUCAUGGCUGGCCUCCCUGCUGCUCUGAGCUCCCAGGACUGUCUCAGGGCAUCCUCUG